UCUUCGCGGCAAGGAAAUAGGUUGAGCUGCAGAGAGAGCUGUUAGUGAGAAAAAAGAGCUCCGGGGGACACCAGGCCUCCCGGCUAGGCCCUGCCGUGCCCUGUGAGCUGUGGUACUGCCGGGGGUGUCCAGGGCCCGGCGAUGCCCGACCCCGCGGCGCACCUGCCCUUCUUCUACGGCAGCAUCUCGCGCGCCGAGGCCGAGGAGCACCUGAAGCUGGCAGGCAUGGCCGACGGGCUGUUCUUGUUACGCCAGUGCCUGCGCUCGCUGGGGGGCUACGUGCUGUCGCUGGUGCACGACGUGCGCUUCCACCACUUUCCCAUCGAGCGCCAACUCAACGGCACCUACGCCAUCGCGGGCGGAAAGGCGCACUGCGGCCCAGCCGAGCUCUGCCAGUUCUACUCGCAAGACCCCGACGGGCUGCCCUGCAACCUGCGGAAGCCGUGCAACCGGCCGCCCGGCCUGGAGCCGCAGCCCGGGGUCUUCGACUGCCUGCGCGAUGCCAUGGUGCGCGACUACGUGCGCCAGACCUGGAAGCUGGAGGGCGAUGCACUAGAACAGGCCAUCAUCAGCCAGGCCCCCCAGGUGGAGAAGCUCAUUGCCACCACAGCCCAUGAGCGGAUGCCCUGGUACCACAGCAGCCUGACUCGCGAGGAGGCCGAACGCAAACUCUAUUCCGGCCAACAGACAGACGGCAAGUUCCUGCUGAGGCCCCGGAAGGAGCAGGGUACAUAUGCGCUCUCCCUGGUCUAUGGGAAAACCGUGUACCACUAUCUCAUCAGCCAGGACAAGGCUGGCAAGUUCUGCAUUCCCGAAGGCACCAAGUUCGACACGCUCUGGCAGCUGGUGGAGUACCUCAAGCUGAAGGCGGAUGGGCUCAUUUACCGCUUGAAGGAGGCCUGCCCCAACAGCAGUGCCAGCGCUGAAGCUGCCGCACCCACACUCCCAGCCCACCCGUCCACGUUUACUCAGCCUCAGAGACGUGUGGACACCCUGAACUCAGAUGGAUAUACCCCUGAACCAGCGCGUGUGGCAUCCCCAGAAAAGCAACGGCCGAUGCCCAUGGACACGAGCGUGUAUGAGAGCCCCUACAGUGACCCCGAGGAGCUCAAGGACAAGAAGCUCUUCCUGAAGCGUGAGAACCUCCUCGUGGCCGAUAUUGAACUUGGCUGUGGCAACUUUGGCUCCGUGCGCCAAGGAGUCUACCGGAUGCGCAAGAAGCAGAUCGACGUGGCCAUCAAGGUCCUGAAGCACAGUACGGAGAAGGCUGACAAGGAUGAGAUGAUGCGGGAGGCCCAGAUCAUGCACCAGCUUGACAACCCCUACAUCGUGCGGCUCAUCGGCGUGUGCCAGGCCGAGGCGCUCAUGUUGGUCAUGGAGAUGGCAGGCGGCGGGCCCCUGCACAAGUUCCUGAUUGGAAAGAAGGAGGAGAUCCCGGUCAGCAACGUGGCUGAACUGCUGCACCAGGUGGCCAUGGGCAUGAAGUAUCUGGAGGAGAAGAACUUUGUGCACCGUGACCUGGCGGCCCGGAAUGUUCUGCUGGUCAACCGGCACUAUGCCAAGAUCAGUGACUUUGGCCUGUCCAAGGCCCUGGGUGCUGACGACAGCUAUUACACGGCCCGUUCGGCCGGGAAGUGGCCUCUGAAGUGGUACGCGCCCGAAUGCAUCAACUUCCGGAAGUUCUCCAGCCGCAGCGAUGUCUGGAGCUAUGGGGUCACCAUGUGGGAGGCCUUCUCUUACGGCCAGAAGCCCUACAAAAAAAUGAAGGGGCCCGAGGUCCUGGACUUCAUCAAGCAGGGCAAGAGGAUGGAGUGCCCGCCAGAGUGUCCGCCCGAAAUGUAUUCACUUAUGAGCGACUGCUGGACCUACAAGUGGGAAGACCGUCCUGACUUCCUGACCGUGGAACAGCGCAUGCGGAACUACUACUACAGCCUGGCCAGCAGGGCCGAGGGAUCCCCACAGUGUGGACAGGUGGCUGAGGCUGCGUGUGGCUGAGCCCCAGGUCUCCCUACACCCAGCCUUUCUUCUCUGACCUCACACUCGGUCCAGGAUGGGCUGUGUUCAGGAGCACCCUGUACCUCAGGUCCACAGCCCUCUGAAUGUCCCAUGUGAUUCUCCCUUCCUCAUGAGCUGGGGACGGUGGGGCCCUGGUCAGCGGCACUGAGGCUCUGGGCUGAGGGGACAUGUGCUCCCAAGGUCUUACUUCCUCUGUUUCUGCGUGGGAGCGAAGAGUCCUCCGGCGGUCUCUGUCCUAAUUGGAAUAAAUUCCACUUCUCUUCA